GUUUGUUUUUGACAGAUGUACUCAUUCAGUUCAAGUUCCACAGUUUAGCUCUUUCUACACCUUGUUAUCCUUCAACUACAAAAUCCUUAUCAUCUCUGCUAAGUUUGUGAAACCAAUUAGCCUUGUUGUUAUUCGUAGCUUCUCAUGGCAUCAUCAAUAAGUGCCCAAGCUUUGGUUCUGCUUCACAGCAGAGGAAACCCUUGUCUCAGAUUUCCACAGAAAAACGGUGUCGUAUUUGAGCAUUCGCAAAGCUUGGGAAUCAGUAUGCGCAUAAGGGCAACAGGUGGCAACAGUUUUGGGACAGAUGAGGAUAAAGAUGGCGCAGAAGAAGUUGUGGGCAUCAAUGAAAAGAAAAAUAAGGUGCUAGCUUUGCAAAAGGAUCUCCUUCAACAGGUUGCGGAAAUAAAGAAACUGGUUUCUUCCGAAAAGAGUGAGAACAUUCUUGGAUCAGAAUUGAACAGGACGUCUUAUGAACUCACCAACAAAUCUUUCAUAAAUAAACCAAGUCCACAGAAUGCUUCCACCAGGGGUGACAAUACAGUUAAAAACCAAAAUGGAAUAAUUGCUUCACCAAACUAUGUCCAUUCUAGUGAAGGGUCUGUGGAAUCCUCAUCUGAAAAGGCUUCCUCUGCCAUAUAUUUAAAUGAAAAGCUGAAAGACAAGACACAUGAGACUAAUAGGCCUGAUACUCUCUCGGCCUUCUUUGCAAAUGGUACUGAAAAUUUGAGUCUAGAGGUUGAGAAUCAGGAAGGUACGAGUGAAUCUACUACCCCUAUUGAGAGUGAAGGUGAAACAGAAACACCCCAACCUUUGGCAGGGAUCAAUGUCAUGAAUGUCAUAUUGGUCGCAGCAGAAUGUGCUCCCUGGUCAAAAACAGGUGGGCUUGGUGAUGUAGUUGGUUCCUUGCCAAAGGCUUUGGCCAAACGUGGACAUAGAGUUAUGGUUGUGACACCUCGCUAUGGUAAUUAUGCGGAAGCCCAAGAUACAGGGGUGCGAAAAUGGUACAAAGUAGAUGGUCAUGAGGCAGAAGUAAAAUAUUUCCAAGCCUACAUUGAUGGUGUAGAUUUCGUUUUCAUUGACAAUCCACUUUUUCAUCAUCUAGAACGUAACAUAUAUGGGGGAAGCCGAUUGGAUAUUCUAAAACGUAUGGUGCUGUUUUGCAAGGCAGCAGUGGAGGUUCCAUGGCACGUUCCAUGUGGAGGUGUUUGCUAUGGAGAUGGAAAUUUGGCCUUCAUAGCAAAUGAUUGGCAUACUGCAUUGCUGCCUGUGUAUCUGAAGGCGUAUUAUCGUGAGCAGGGUUUGAUGAAGUAUACAAGAUCAGUUCUUGUGAUUCAUAACAUAGCUCAUCAGGGUAGGGGGCCUGUUGAUGACUUUUUCUUUGUGGAUUUACCUGAACACCACAUGGACCUUUUCAAAUUAUAUGACCCCAUUGGAGGUGAUCAUUUCAACAUCUUUGCCGCUGGUUUAAAGACAGCAGAUCGUGUUGUCACGGUUAGUCAUGGGUAUGCAAGGGAGCUGAAAACUUCUGAAGGUGGUUGGGGCUUGCAUGGGAUCAUAAAGGAGAAUGAUUGGAAAUUGAGGGGCAUUGUGAAUGGAAUUGACAACAAAGAUUGGAACCCUCUGUUUGAUGUUCACUUGAAAUCAGAAGGCUACACUAACUACUUCCUUGAGACACUUUCUAGUGGCAAACGUCAAUGUAAAACAGCAUUGCAAAAGGAGCUUGGUUUGCCUAUCCGUGAGGAUGUCCCACUAAUUGGCUUCAUUGGAAGGUUGGAUCCACAGAAAGGAGUUGAUAUCAUAGCUGAAGCAAUUCCUUGGUUGAUGAGUCAGGAUGUGCAAUUAGUCAUGUUAGGCUCUGGAAGGCCUGAUCUAGAACACAUGCUUAGGCAAUUUGAAAGCCAACACAAUGACAAGAUAAGGGGAUGGGUUGGCUUUUCAGUGAAGAUGGCUCACAGGAUAACUGCAGGCGCAGACAUAUUGCUCAUGCCAUCAAGGUUUGAGCCAUGUGGAUUGAACCAACUCUAUGCCAUGAACUAUGGAACAGUUCCUGUUGUACAUGCUGUUGGUGGACUGAGAGACACAGUGCAGCCUUUUGAUCCUUUCAGUGAGUCUGGCCUUGGGUGGACAUUUGAAAGUGCAGAUUCAGGUAAGUUAUCAAAUGCAUUAGGGAACUGUCUAUGGACCUAUAGGGAGUAUAAGAAGAGCUGGGAAGGCCUCCAAAGGAGAGGAAUGACACAAGAUCUUAGUUGGGACAAUGCUGCUCUGCAGUAUGAGGAGGUGCUUCUGGCAGCCAAAUACCAAUGGUGAGCAUUUUGCAUUUAUUUCCAUCAAAGCAAACUUUUCAAUAUGGAGCUAAUUCAUGUUGAAUAGUUUCAUUGUACUAAUUGUUGUACGAGGGAAAAUAACCCUGCAAGCUGUUUAAAUUAUACAGGUUAUAGUUAGAGGGUUUAUUAUGGGGAUUGGAAAGCGAAAUUUUGGCGCUAUAGGGAUUGUGUAACUUUAAUGUUGUGGAUUGCAAGUGCUCAGCAGCUCAAAUGCACUAAUUAUAGUAUGCAAAUCUGAUUUUCUAUGA